AUGGGUAAAAAAAUGAAGGUCGAGCACAACAUCCGCGACACAUCCCACCACGCCGCAAACUCCAAAAAGACCACGGGCAAGCCAGCAAAGCAACAAAAGGCCAAGCCCAAAGCUCAACAACCCGAAGCAUCACCUUCAUCCGCUGUCGCAGAUAUCAACGCAGCAAACGUCCUGCCCCUAACCCACCAACAACGCCUCCUCUCCUCCUUCGCCUCCGCCUUCCAGCCCGUCCUCGCCUCCCCCGCAUUCGCCACGAUCCUGCAAGAAGUAAAAGCCGCGCUCUACGCCCGCGACUUUGACGCCGCCUUCACUUCCGCAAAGGCGGAGAGCCUGGAUGCGUAUGCUGCGAGGUGGAGUCCCACCCGCGCUCUGGCGUACGCUGUCGUUCUGCUAGGUAUCGCGGAGCACCUCGAGGGGUUGGAGGGCCAGGUCAAGAAUGCUGCAGAAGAUGAGGCUGGAGGAGGAGCUCAGGCUGAAGGAGGAGCUGAGGUAGCUGAGGCAGCUGAGGGCCUCGAGAAGUUGAUCGUCGAGGACAAGACGGGUGAUGCGCCCCGGGAUCUGAACUCCUCUUCCCCCUCCACCGACGAUCAGGAAGUUCCUCCCGCAGCGGAGGACGAUGCCGCCACCCCUCCACCACCCGCCUCGGAACCAACCGAGACCACAACCACCGCCGUCACUCCCAAGACGACGACGCAAAUCAAAAAGGAAAUCAAGAUCCUCUCCAUCGGCGGCGGCGCCGCAGAACUAGCCGCCCUAGCAGCCUACCUCUCCCAACAACCAGCCUACCUAAAAGGCACAAUCACCUGCCUCGACGCCGCCCCCUGGGCCCCGGUAGUCUCCAAGCUCCACGCCGCCCUCACGGUCCCGCCCCCGGCCUCACGGUACGCAAACGAGGCCCAAGCCACCGCCGCAGCGCUCGUGGAACCCGCGGCGCGGCUGUCUUCGUCUUUCUCGCACCUCGACGCCCUCGCAAUGUCACGGGACCAGCUUUCCGAAUCGAUAGGCAAAGAGGCAUUACUCAUCACAUUACUAUUUACCCUCAACGAGCUCUACACCGCCGCGGGCAUCGGCAAGACUACAGCUUUCCUCCUCAACCUGACCGCCACCGUGCCCCUCGGCUCCCUGCUCCUCGUCGUUGACAGCCCCGGGAGCUACUCCGAGGCCGCCGUCGGCAAGGAGUCGAAAAAGUAUCCCAUGCAGUGGCUCAUGGACCACACCCUCGUCAACAAGCCCCAAAAAGACGGCGUCUUCCCGGGAUGUCGGUGGGAAAAGGUCGAGUCCAACGACUCCGUCUGGUUCCGCCUCGCCGAUUCUCUAAACUAUCCAAUCUCUCUGGAAAAUAUGCGCUACCAAAUGCACCUGUAUCGCGCAACGAAACCCUAA